AUGGAUCCCUGGGCAUCGCCAAGUCCAUGGGCGGAAGAAGCCUCAGUCGAAAGCAGCGCUGCAGAUAUCCCUUCAGUCCCUGGGCAGACCGAGCCAGCCUCAACUACCGCUGCACCAUCCUCGUCUCCGAUCAAACUCAAGCUUGACAAUGUGGAACAUGAUCCAUGGGCUACGAGCUCCAGCUCCACGAUUGCAGCAGAUGCGCGUGAAGCAUCGACCUCUAAAGCAGAAGAGAUGAGCACUUCGACCCACGAGAGCUCUCCCACAUCAUACAAGCCUGCAGCGAGUCCAGUUGUCAAUAGCAACGCGUCGUCUGGUGAGACAUGGGUGGAUGAAGGCGCAUCGGCGUGGGGUGGAGCGCCACCUGAGCCAAGAUCCGUCUCCAGCGGCAUCACUGCAUCAGAUGCUUCUCUGUCGCAAACUUCACGCCCAGCUUCUCCUGCUCGCUCGGGAUCUGCAUUGGGCGCGGACGGUGCUGGGGGAAGCGGUGCAACGGCUUGGGAAGCAGGUGCUUCCAUCCCGGACACCGGCGGCUGGGGAGGGGAGAGCGCAGAUCCUUGGGGAGCAAACAGCUCUCAGGUAAGCAUCACGGAGCGCUUCGCUCAGCGCGUAGCGUCAAGGGCAAGGUCGAGCUGACCAAUUUGUGUUGAUCGUGUCAAGGCGCAAGCAACAUCAUGGCACGCCAAGGCGAACAGGUAAGCGUCGCUUCGGUUGCUCGCUCGAUGCAGGGCUGUGUUUCUAGCAAUUGCUCAUGCUGGGCAUGAAAUGCCUCUCCCCUCCGCAGUGAGGCUAGCCCAAUUCCUUCUCCUGCGCCUUCUCCCAAAAACGAACAGAGCCAGCCUGCUGACGCCGAACAGACCAGCAAUGAUGGGAAUGAUUCGGAAAGUGUGCGUCAAGAGCCUACCUCUUCCGCCGCUCAGCCCAUCAGCUCGCGAAUGGCUGCCGCCUUUUCCUCCUGGCGACGUCCCAACAAUUCCAACACGUCAUCGAUCCAGGCAGCAGAACCCAGCGCAAAUAUCUCCUCAUCGAGGCAGGCUUCAUCCUCCACUGCCGCUGUGACUGCACCAAGUAACAGUGCUAAACCAGCUGAGCCAGCUAAAAUUGCCCACCAGUCUCAGGGACCGGGUUGGGCGCACGUCUCGAAGAAGAGCGAGGCGGGACUCGCUGCUCGAUUUUCCGGACUAUUCAGCGGCACGACCGGCGCUCUCGGGGCGACGCCCAAAGUCGAAAGUGCGGCAGAGGAAGACGAAGAGGCGCAGCACGUCGACAAGCCUUACGAAGAUAGGUCAGUUCCUCCUACUGCCACAGUCGACCUAUUUGGAGACUCGAAGGAUACGCAACCCGCACCUGCGACGACUGCUACAGCUGGUAUUGCGAGAUGGCUGAGGUGGGGCCGCAAAGAGGGCAAGCCGCCGCCCGAAGGCAUGACAGCAGACGAUCUCGAGUGGCUCGAGAGCUUACCUCCAGCACCGCAGUCUACCGUCACUGGCGCCAAGGCUGUAGACGGAGCGGAUGAUCUCGAGUCCUGGCUUGGAGACGCCAUGGCUUCGCGGGCUGCGGCAAGCGCUGCACAUCGGCCUUUGAAUGCGCAGCCCUUGACCAGCGGUAGCACGUUUCGCAUUGAAACGGCUGGUCGCGGUGGUAACGCGCCGCUCGAGUCAAGUCCACAGUCGCGAGCGAGUCCUCAGCUAGCACCGCCACCAAGACUCGCCGGGCCGCCAGCCGCAGCACCGCGCUGGCAGCAGUCCGGGGUGAGAUAUAGCAUCGAUGACAGCGGCGGAGAGGAGGAUGAUUAUCAGCCACCCCGACGGAGCAACAGUCUGGUUGGAAGCACCGCUCGUGGCGCGCCUGGGAUGGCUGCGACUCAAUCGGCUGGCAAGCAACGCCAAGUCAAGAGCAGCGCAGGCAGUCAUUCCACCUCUCGCACGGGCGACUCCAAUGAUCUACUUGGAGACUUCGACACUUCUUGGGAAGUAACGGCGCCAGCCGACAAUUCUCGUCCAGAAGACAAGACCCCAAAUACGCCUGGCAGCGCAGACUUGAGUGGGUCUCUACUAAGCGAACGGGAUCGGUCGGCGACAAGGGCAACAAUUGGAAGCGGGCGUGGACGAGGUCGAUAUGCUCAACGCAGCACCGGCUUGGCCGGCAGUCGCAAAUCUGUUAAUGACAGGAGAUACCUUGAUUCUGAUGAGGAGGAGUACGAGCCGGGGACGAACGUCGACGCGCAGCAGCGCAAGGUCGGCAGAUACUCGGACGAUCCUAGCGCAAGGGAUGAUGAUAGCUGGGACUGGGCAACGACGAGUUCGCCGCAGCCUCACCUCUGGAAAGACGCUCCAGCAUCUCCACCUGCCCCGGCGUUGCCUCCUAAGCUAGCUCGACCCCUCGCAUUCGCAUCCGCUCCAGCGAGAAGCAGCUUGGAAGCGUCUGCAGCGUCCUCUCGAUUGGCCACUGCUACUCCGCCUCUGCGGUCAGGUACUCCUCAAUCCACAAUCGCCAGGUCUUCCACCUCGACUCCGCCUAUCUUGGCGCCACCUCCACCAGCAACGAGCGGCUACACGACAGCGAGUGGGAGAGUUGGCAGCCUGUUGCCCCCGCCACCUCCGCCCUCCUCGAGAUCGGCGCAACAGCCAGCGACAAACCAGCUCGACCUUUCUGGCUUUGGAGCAGCUCCUCCUUCAGCCGCGCCGCGUACUCAGAAUGAUGCUGCGGGUCCUGCCAGUACGCAGCAAGGCCGGGACGCCAGUCAGGGUCCCAAAGCUCAAGGACUGAGCCAGGCGGACUUGAGCUUCUUUGACAGUUUAUAG